AUGUCGGACGCGCAGCAGCUUUUGCGCUGCUUGUUGGACACUAUCGCAACCGAAAACGAUUACAAAGACUAUGAAACUAAACUUCAGUUGUUUUCCACGGGAGGAGCCAACUACACUUCUCAACUGCAUCAUAUCACGCUAUCCGCACCGGAGAAGGAUGAUCUCAAACUGUUUGCGAAAUUGGCGAUUGUCAACGAGAAUAUACGAGCUCAAGCGCGAUCUGAGAUAUUCGAAACUGAAAUGUUUUUCUACUCGGAAUUGCUCAAGCAGUUUCAAGAUAUGGAGAACCAACACAACGUCCCGAGUGAACACAGGCUUGCCACUGCAAAAUAUUACGGUUGCAAUAGAGAAUAUUUAAAAGAAAUUCUAAUACUGGAAGAUUUAUCGUCACAGGGCUUUGAUACCCUCGAUAGACUGAAGAGUUUCGAUUGGAAUUACGCCUCCAAAUCAGUCACAGAACUGUCCAAAUUACAUGCUCUAUCUAUCGCCUACAGUAAAGAACACCCUGAGGAGUUUGAUGCAUUGUACACGAAGUUCAAGCUACGCACAGUGGACAACCCCAAGAACAAGCAUAUUAUGGAGGGCAUAAUACGCAUGGCUAUGGAAGUGAUCAAAGAAGAAAACAAAGCCAAAGUACUAGCGUUCCUUCAGAAGUUUAAAAAUAAUGAAUUCAACAAAUUACUCAUGCCAUCACGUCGGCCUAUCAUUGCACAUGGAGACUUUAGGCACAGUAAUUUAAUGCACAGAACACGAGAGGACGGGCAGUUAGAAGUGGUGAUUGUGGACUACCAGACGCUUCAAAUCUCCAACCCGAUCAUUGACCUGACGUACUUUAUAUUCAGCGGAUCUGACGAGGAGUUUCGCGCUAAAUACUAUCGGCAACUCCUCGAUCAUUACUACUUAGAACUUUGCAACGCUCUUACCAGGUUGCAUAUAAACGCUAAGGAGGUGUACCCAAAGGAAGAUUUCGAAUGCGAAUUGGAAAGGAUCCAGCCAUAUGGUCUGAUGAUCAGCUUAGUGUUGCUGCCGAUGGUGACCGUUGAAGCUAAAAACGCGCCAAAAAUGGACGGCGGUAGUGACAUCAACGAUUUCGCGAUCAAACCAAACGAACUUGCAGCAACUAGAUUGAAUGGAGUCAUCAAUGACUUUGUUAGGCUAGGUGUAUUAUGA